AUGGCGAAACAUUCACAAAAGGCACUUAUAUCUCUUUGUAUUGAAGUCUUACGUAGAGACAAGGAUGGUUAUAUAAAUGCAACAAAGAUGGCAAGAGAAGCAGGAAAGUUAAACCAUUUAAACAGAUUUCUCAAUAGUGCUAAAAUGCAGGAAAUUCUUGAGUUUUGGAUGAACGAAUACGGUCGAGCCAAAAGUGGCUCAACCUCAAAACAAGCAUUUUGUGAAGAAUAUACCAACCGGAAGAAUUUCGACGGUUGCUUUUUAUACAAAGUUCAUGCAGGAAUUCCGGAUGAAAUCAAACAGGUUAGAGGAACGUAUGUAGACCCAAGACUUGUAAACUAUAUAGCAAUGUGGGCUUCUCCAAAAUAUUGUAUAGCAGUUGGAAAAAUUUUGGACUCCAUAGACAAGAAAGUUCAUGAGAAAUUAGAUGAAGAAGAACUUGAAGAUACAGUAGAGAAUGCAAAACCUUUGUUCGAACAAGAAGUUAGAAAAAUGUGCGAAAAACAAAUAGAACAUGAACGUGAGAUAUGUUAUGGUUAUAGAGACUCUCCAUACGAACUAGACCAAUGGGAACAAGAAGAUUUAAAGAGAGAAUUUAGAGAAUAUGAACUCGCUAAGAUAGCAUUAGAAGCUGCAGAAAAGAAGUUAAAAGCUUGGGGUUGUUUUGUACAAAAAUAUUGUGAGUAA